CGACCGUAGCGGGGCCGGGGCUGGUGUGCCCGCGCGUGCGUGCCUGCGCCUAUCCCUCCAGGGUUCUGCUAACCCGGGUGGGAGGAGGAGGAGGAGGAGAAGCAGAGAGCGUCCGAUCGCUAAGGGAAGGCCCCCAGGGCCAAGUCACCUCUGUGCCACUCAGCAGCCUUGGCGGGGCGCUCGGGGACAGCCGGGGGUUAAAGAAGGGUGCGUGCCCGCACCUCAACCCUUCCGUCUUUCUGGCGUGCCUUCGUACGUGACGUCACGCUUCAAACUAGAGAGAGCAUGCGCAAGGGUAUACGUGUCUCGCGGGAGCGCGCGCUCGCACGCCGGAAGGGGUGGAGCCUCGAGAGGCUUUUUAUACAGCGGGCCCCGGUUUGACCCCUCUCUUCCUGCUCGCCUCGGAGGCGGUAGCAUUAUGUCUCACCGGAAGUUCUCCGCUCCCAGGCAUGGGUCUCUGGGCUUCUUGCCUCGAAAGCGAAGCAGCAGGCACCGUGGAAAGGUGAAGAGCUUCCCUAAAGAUGAUCCCAGCAAGCCUAUCCACCUGACAGCCUUUCUGGGCUAUAAGGCAGGCAUGACCCACAUAGUUCGAGAGGUGGACAGACCUGGCUCAAAGGUGAACAAGAAGGAAGUUGUCGAGGCUGUCACCAUUGUGGAGACACCCCCCAUGGUUAUUGUGGGUAUCGUAGGCUAUGUGCAAACUCCCAGAGGCCUCCGGAGCUUCAAGACUAUCUUUGCUGAACACAUCAGCGAUGAGUGUAAAAGGCGAUUCUAUAAGAACUGGCAUAAGUCCAAGAAGAAGGCUUUCACCAAGUACUGCAAGAAAUGGCAGGAUGAUGAUGGCAAGAAGCAGCUGGAGAAAGACUUCAACAGCAUGAAGAAAUACUGCCAGGUCAUCCGAGUCAUUGCUCACACCCAGAUGCGCCUGCUUCCUCUGAGACAAAAGAAGUCUCACCUCAUGGAGAUCCAGGUGAAUGGUGGCAAUGUGUCUGAGAAACUGGACUGGGCCCGUGAGAAGCUGGAACAGCAGGUCCCCGUGUCCACCGUCUUUGGGCAAGACGAGAUGAUUGAUGUCAUUGGUGUGACCAAGGGCAAGGGUUAUAAAGGUGUCACUAGCCGUUGGCAUACAAAGAAACUGCCCCGAAAAACUCACAGAGGCCUGCGAAAAGUGGCCUGUAUUGGAGCUUGGCAUCCUGCCCGAGUGGCCUUCUCUGUGGCUCGAGCAGGUCAGAAGGGCUACCAUCAUCGUACUGAGAUCAACAAAAAGAUCUACAAGAUUGGUCAGGGCUACCAGAUCAAGGAUGGCAAACUGAUCAAAAACAACGCAUCAACUGAUUAUGACCUGUCUGACAAGAGCAUCAACCCUCUGGGAGGCUUUGUCCACUAUGGUGAAGUGACCAAUGACUUUAUCAUGCUCAAAGGCUGUGUUGUUGGGACCAAGAAGCGUGUCCUCACCCUGCGGAAGUCUCUGCUGGUACAGACCAAGCGUCGUGCCCUGGAGAAGAUUGACUUGAAAUUUAUUGAUACCACCUCCAAAUUUGGCCAUGGUCGCUUCCAGACUGUGGAGGAGAAGAAAGCUUUCAUGGGACCACUCAAAAAGGACCGUGUGGCUAAAGAAGAAGCUGCUUAAUGUUUUCAGAAUAAUUCAGUUGGUGGAUUUUCAAUAAAUUGAAAUUAUUUUCCAAUCUA